AUGUCGCUCGCUCAAGGUCCGGCGCAGCAGCAGCCGGCCACUGCUCAGCCUGGUACGCAGACGCAGACGACGACACAGACACAGACACAGGCGAUCCUCCGCCUGCGCGGCGCCCAUGCGCCUUCCACCCGCUCGGUACAAUGGGCAGACAAUGUGGUAGAUAACGAGGGCCUAGGGAGGAAAAGCUCAAAAGUUUGCUGCAUCUACCACCGGCCCAAGGGCGUCGACGAGUCCAGCGACGAGUCGUCCUCAGACUCAGACUCCUCCUCGGACUCCGACUCAGACGGCGGCGGUCCGUCGUCCGGACGCCGCGAGCGGGCCGGAGGAGGCGGCAAGAAGGGCCACUCGCACGACUGCGGUAACCACAGACACAACCACCGCGGCCGGCCGAAGGGGGACAAGGACGGGUCGGGCAAGCGGAAGCCGAGCCCGAAUGCGUACGAGAAGGUGCCGAAGCCGAAGCCAAGGGAAAACGAUGCUGGUACGGGGACCCAGAACUCGUGA